GAGAGUGAACAAAGUGAGGUUAUGUUGGUGAAUUGGGCAGUUUUGCAGCACUGACUGACGAUGGGAAUCACCGGUUUAAUACCGUUCCUGGAGAAGUCUUCGCGACCACUGAACCUACAGGAGAUCAGGGGCACCACAGUGGCUGUGGACACUUAUUGUUUGCUGCAUAAAGGCGCCUAUGCCUGCGCGGAUAAGUUGGUUCGUGGCGAGGACACCAAUAUCCACAUUCAGUACUGCCUGAAGUACGUGAAAAUGCUUCUGAAGUACAGGAUAAAGCCCAUCAUGGUGUUUGAUGGGCGUCAUCUGCCCGCCAAGGCGAUCACAGAGCAGCGUCGUCGGGAGUCACGCAAGCAAGCUCGCUCUCUUGCCGGAAAGCUCCUCAGGGAGGGUAAAAUUGAGGAGGCGCGGAGUCAGCUGAGGCGCUGUGUAGACAUCACACACAGCAUGGCUCUGGAGGUGAUGCGGGAGUGCAGGAAGAUCAAUGUGGACGCAAUUGUGGCGCCGUACGAGGCGGAUGCGCAACUUGCAUUCUUCAAUUUGUCCGGCAUAGCGGACUACAUCAUUACGGAGGAUUCUGAUCUGCUGCUCUUUGGCUGUUCCCGGAUUCUCUUCAAGCUGGAUCUGGCCGGGAAUGCGCUCUUCAUAGAUGCCAGCAAGCUUCAUGUCUCCAUGGGAUGUCGCCUUGAGAAGUACACCUUCGACAGGUUCAGGAAUAUGUGCAUUCUCUCUGGCUGCGACUACUUGGACUCACUGCCGGGCAUUGGGCUGGCAAAAGCCUGCAAGUUCUUCCUCAUGACUGAAGAGACUGACUUGAGAAGAGCCUUGCCUCGAGUUCCUGCCUAUCUAAAGCUGAAGAAUCUCACCGUGGCGCCAGAAUACAUCGAACAAUUCCUCCAGGCUGUGGCUACUUUUAAGUUCAUGUGGGUCUUUGAUCCCUCCACACGUCGAAUGGUGCGUCUCAUGGAGCCUGAUGCCUCAUCCUUGUCGCUUCUGGAGAAUGCCGGCGAGGAAAUCGAUCCCAAUGCGGCUCUUCAACUCGCACUGGGUAAUCUGGAUCCUUUUUCCCUCAAUCCAGUAGAUAAUUGGAACCCAGAUGUCGAUAUAACUGUCCAAGGUAGCAUCUGGCGAGGAAGAUUUGCCGCGCCGUCUCCCAAAAGAAAGCCACGAUCAGUGGAAGUACUGAAAGCGCGAAAUCACUGCCUUCAGGAGAUCAAAACACCUCCUGAUCUACUCAGCAUCUACCUCGAGAACACUCAGCCGACAACGAAUAGUCUUCCAUCAUCCAGCUCUGAAUCAUCCACUUCAGAAGCCUGCUCAUCUUCAUCGGCGAGAAAUCCCUUCCGGAAGAGCUUAGAUAAGAGCACGGAAAGCCUUGAGGUGGACAUUUCCCCGUCUUACGUGUCCAACGUGAUGAAAGCCUCCAGCUCAGAGUCGGACUCUGGCUUGGAGGCCUCCCAGGGACCUCGAAAGCUCAGCAAAUUCUGCCGAACAGUGCUCAAUAACCAAUACAACGUUGUCAGUCGCUUCUGGAAUCAGCCGAAUGAUGAGAUGCGGUCCAGCAACGAGAAGACGCCUGAAAAAUCGCCCACUCCUGAACAUCUUAGGCAGAUUUACGGACAGGAUGAGAUUACUGGAGCCAUACAGCAAAACCUGCUGACUAUGUUUGAGGACAACGAUGAGAAUUGCCAGAAAGAGUCCCCGGAGGCAGUUCAGGAGGUGAAAUCACCGCCACGGAAGAUGGCGAAGAAAGAGACAGCUCGUGGCACUACUUGCCGCGUUCCCGGCCUCAAGAAGCCCACCGCUGGAUCGAAGCUGGUCCAGAGCACACUGAGCAAGUUUGGAUUCAUCAGGAAGUGACAAAUGAGUUUAAUGAGGAACAUUCAUGCAAUAAAUACCACUCUGGUGACA